AUGUCCGAUAUUCGUGUUGUAGUUGGAAUAGAUUUCGGAACAACCUAUUCGGGGUUUGCGUACUCGCAUAAAGUAAACCCUGACAUUGAAACAAAUCAAAGUUGGCCAGCAGGCGCAACAUGGCCUGGCGCAAUCGACAAAUUUAAAAUCAACACAGUAUUGAUGUAUGAUGAAAAUGGCGAUAAAGUUAAAUUAUGGGGUUAUAAAGCCUUGGCCAAUAAAAAAACGAGAAAACGUAACGAUGACUCAAAAGAUGCUAGACCUGUUGAAUUAUUUAAAUUACAUCUAGGAAGAGAUAUAGAAACUUCAGAAAACUUGGAAUCAAGGUUAAACGAAGUUUCUACACAGAAUAGUUUCAAUUAUAAAAAAGCCGUUGCUGAUUAUUUGUGUGAAAUGGAUACCGUUCAAAGAAGAUGGGAUAAUUUAAACUUUUUCGAAAAUGUCUUAAUAGUUUUAACUGUGCCAGCGGAAUUUACUGAUAAAGCAAAAUUUAUUAUGAGAGAAUGUGUAUUCAAGGCAGAAUUAAUUAACGAAUUACACAGCGAGAAUUUACAACUUACAACUGAACCUGUUGUUAAAGGCGCAGUGGAAUAUGGUUUGAAUAUGAAGUGUGUUAAAAAUAGAGUGUUGAAAAAAACUUAUGGUGUCAAAAUGUUCAAGGGUGAUUUGUUGACUGUAUUUUUAUCCGAGGUCAUACUUGAUACGAAAGUUCCAAAUUUUCAUCCUCUU